AUGAUAUUCAUGAGGAUAACAGCAGAGGUGGUGAAGAUGGAUGGACAGGCAGGGGAUGGUGAUACACUUAAUGAGGACCAGGCAGCUGAAACAGAAGGUGACAGGAGCCCCCACAGAGAGGAAGAAGAGACAGAUGAUGUCCCUCCCAUGAAGAAGACGGCCUUGGACCAGAUGUUCGGUGAUUUCCUCCCUGCAAUAUCACCAGGGGAGCAGUCCUUCAGCUCUGUGUCCAGUAACCAUCUUACUGCCAGAGUCCAGAACCAGGGAGAAAAGAUGGAGAUACCUGGAGGAGUCCUAUUCAGAAAUUUAGAAAGUUUGGAGGAAAAUGAGUUUAAAGACUUCAAGUGGUACCUGCAGGGGAAGGUCCUAGGAUUCCCAGGAAUCUCAAAGAGUCGACUGGAGAAAGCAGACCGGGAGGACACAGUGGAUCUGAUGCUUCUGUACUACUGCAUAAACACCAUUAAAGUGACCAGAGAAGUUUUGAAGAUGAUCCCGAGGAAUGAUCUAGAAGAGGAAUUAUCAAAAACCUCAUCAGACCCUGAAGACUCCUAUUGGGCGGACGGCAUGGCAGAGGUCGAAGAGAGGGUCUCGGGCGGACGACCCGGGGGCAAGGCAGAGGCGGAGGCAGGGAAACUCAGGGGGCCGGAGACAGGGGCGGGCAACAAGGCGGCGAUGGGACCCGUCCGGAGUCAGCUGGAUUGCUGCUUUUAUUUCUAAUAUAGCUUGCCUUCAGUUUAUAUUCAUUCAGCUGCUCCACUGUUUUUAUACAUUUUUUUACAAGGCUACGACUUACACACACCCUUCACAAAGUCCAGUCUGAUGCUCCCCAUGAUCUUUAGUGUCUAUUUAAAUAACCAUGUUCUAUUCUGAGUCUCGUCAGGACCGCCUCAUCUCGACUCCUUCCUGGAUGAAUAUCGUCUCCUCCCUCUUGUCUCCCGGUCCCAUAUCUGCUGCCAUGUUUGAAUGAUUCCCCUGUAACACUCGUUCCCUCAGACCUCGAUCAUGUGAUCAUGUCUAUACUUUCCUUUCUUACAGCCUGUUUUGCUAAUCUGUCUACUUCCAUUUCCCACAAUUCCCAUCUGGGAAGGAACCCAAAUAAAUGUCCCCACAGCGCCUCGCUUGGUAUCUGUGUGUGUUGUGUAAUGAUACAGAGUUUAUCUAGAGGGGAGUGGAGCUCCUCCUUCAUGACUGGCUCUGGCUGCUGAUAGGCCAGCUGAGGGUGAGGGGACCAAUCAGCAGUCAGUCUGAGGUGCUCAGGCAGGUUCUGAUCAGAGGGGGAGGAGAGAAGAGCAGGAGGAAGGAAACACAACUAACAGCACAGCCCGUCUGACUCGUUUUGAAGUGCUUCCUGUUUGCUGUUCCCCUUCACUUCGUGCUCCUCGUGUCGCACCUUCUGCUUCUCUCUAAGGUUUGUAACUCUUUGUGACUUUAGAGCUUUUAGAGACAACUCUUAUCAAUCAUUGCUCAGAGAAUAAGAACAACUCUUUGUGACUUUAGUUACUUCAGACUUUAGAGUAAAUUCAGAGACGGACUUUAACCCUCUUCCUGUUUUUACCUCAGCUGAAC